AUGGCUGCCAGGUGCCUCCACCAGGCCCCAGCACACCCUGCCGAGCCCGCAGCCGCUGCUGUCCCCGCCGGACCCAAGGCAAGUUUACAAACACCAACCGGAGGCGCGUUUUCCUGGAAGCACAUCCCCCUACCUCUCGUCCUCGCUGCCAAGCCGCCACAUCCACUUCCGGCUCGGGAGCCCGGGAAGGCGGAGGUGGUGGGAAAGGUGGUGAGGCUGGGACGUUUGGAGUGGUCCAGCUGGCCUGGCCCAGCUACACCUCCUGUGGACCUGCGCCUUGUGCAGUGGCUGUUGGGAAAGCUGCCGUUGUUUUGGCGAGGCCCAAUCUCCAAUCAGUGGAAGCACAGCGCCCUCCUGAGCAAGAUACACAUGUACACCCAUGGCUGCCACAGCGACCAGAGCCUCGGCUCUCUGACUGUCGUUGAAACAGAGAUGCUCAGAGACCCAGAGAACGGCCUGCAGGAUACUGUCCAGGACACCUCUCCCCAGGCACCUGCCGCAGCAUCACAGGACAUGUUUCUGCCCAGGAUCCGUGAGCACAGGGUUAGCGAGUUGGAGCUGGUAGCGCAAGAGCUGCAGGGUCUUCAGAAGGAGUUGUGGCAGGCGGUGGAGCCCAGGUGGGUGGCCUGGAUGGCUAAGGUGAGGCCUCACACAGGCGUCACAAAGCCAUGCCCUCAUCCUAGCUUUGCGCACUCCUGUCUGCCAGGUCCUCGCCCAGCCCUCUCCCCACCCCCACUUCCUGGGUGGGCUGACAUGAGGGAAAUUUAA